AUUAUACUUUAUUAAAUAUUUGAUUAUCUAUAUCUUAACGAUUUUUAUAUUGCUGCUAUCAAUGUAACAUUAAUUGUGGAGUAUCUCUUUAAAGCACCACUUUUUUAUGUGUGAUUAAUUUUUAACAACCGAAGUUGGUUUACAGAUUAUCUAAAAAUUUCGUAAAGAUAAUUAAUCUCGCAUGGAAUAUUCUCUACUAUCUAAAGUAAGGAUAACUGCACCCAAGUACAUAUUUUCAACUUUCUAUCUUGUAUAAAACAAUCUAAAGAUUGCGAGUGGCACAGAGGGCUCUGUAUGACGGCGUUGUUCAGUGUGCCAGUGCAUGUUGUGGCUCCUCGCAUUCACAGCAUAAAAUCGGAUGCAAUUGGAAGUUCGACCUUACAACAAAAGUAUGCAUGGAAUGAUUGAUGAUCUACCCUGUAACCUGUAAAUUUCCAACAAUCAAGAUACACUUUAUGCUGUAUUUGUUAGGUAGCCUUAGGUCUUAAUGUAUGAAUUAAAAUAGAGUCAUGAAGCUUGUAGAAGAAAUAUUACUUACCUACCUGAUAUACUCUGAAAUUACGAGUUAUUGCGUUUAAUACCUAAGGAUAUCUACCUGGAAUAGGACCGUGAUUUUCAACGUCGUAUAACAAAGACCCCUUAGAAAUGAAACGGAAUACAUCACGGUCUGUACAACAAAGUGAGAAGUAUAAAUCAUCUCGAAGUGAAGAUCACGAGGUUACACGUUCAAGAUCCGAAGAGAAGAUGCUACGGAGACGCGAAUGGAGGAUUCAACAAGACCUACAACGGGAACAUGAAAGAUUGAAGCAAAAGAAGAUUUACGAGUAUGAAAUGCGACGCGCUCGUGAAAAAGGUUUGCCGCUUCCCAAACCUCCAAGCUUUGCUCAUAGUAGGAGCAAAAGUAAAUCUCCAGAAAGUCAACCGAGAAGAACUUCCUCCAGUUCAACAAAUACUCCUAUUCUUUCUGAAAGAUUAGAGUCUACUGAUGGAAUGGCAUCAUUAUUUAAAGGACCAGAAGGUACAAAGAUUAGUGCAGUAGAAUUACGCAGAAUUAAAGUAGAUAUUCAUCGAAAUAUCCCUGGGAAAUCAACUGGGUCGGAACUUCAGCGAGACAUAGUCAAUCCUGAAGAUGUAAUAGUUAAAAGAAGAGCGGGAGAGGGAUUGAAACCAAUAUUUGAGAGGGAAGAAAUCAAGGGCACAGUAACCAAUGAAAAAGAAAUUGAAGAACAUCGUACUGUUGUGUCUGUAAAUAGUGAAACUAUAGAUAGCAAGUCGAAAACGUUUAAGAAACGUUCUACGUCUUCGAGUCCAAUCAAAACCCGAAGUUCUAGUCCUCGACACACGUCGUCUCGUCUUUCCAGGCAUGAAGACUCCAAACACGAAGACAAAAGAAGUUAUAGAAACGAUAGGGAACGAUAUUAUAGCAGAGACGAAGGUAAGGAGUAUAGAGACAGUUACAGAGAGAAAGAGAGACGACAUGCUCGCUCACGCAAUGUUGACGAAGAGCGGAGCAGAAAAGGUCGUGAUCACUCGCAUUCGAGGGAGAGGGAAGAACGCAGGAGAGAUUCCCAUCACAGGGAUGAAAGAUCUUAUCGAGAAUACCGAGAAAGAUCCAGAGAACGCUCUCGAGAUAGAAGAGACAGAGAUAGAGACAGAUCUAGGGAACAAAGAGUCCCUAUACCGCAUUACAUUGAACAAAUUCCUGUACCGAUUUGUUACGGUCAUUUUCCUCCGAGACCAAUAAUGAUGGCACCUUUGGUUCCAAUUCGUAGUCAAGUUCCUAUGGGAAGUAGUAGACACCCUACUAUGAUUGGGCCAUUACGUCCAUUCCCACCAAGAUUUAUUCCACCGGAUGUACAUAGACUACGUGCACCUCCAAAUCCUAGAUUUGGACCAAUGUUUUAAAAUAGUCAAUCGUUAGUGAUAAAAUUAUCUUAGAUUGUAUAUAUUUCUUCAUGUGAGCCAGAUUUUAAACUAAUCAAGAAGAACAUAAAUCUUCGUUGCAUACGAUAGUUAUAAAUUUAAGAUGCGUCUUAUUAAUGUGUAAAAUAGGUUGUUUUAUUCCAAUUUUAUUUUAAGUUAUUGUAAUCUCCUAUUAUAUAAAACGUCUACGUAUUCAACUAAAGGUUUUUACAGAUUAUACUUGAUGCCGAUUCA